CAUCUGCGCUCCUCCGCCCGUUCGUCCGGUGCGCGCAUCACUCACGCCCUCCACAGCCAAGUACAGCGCGUGCGCUCCGGUGCUUCGAUUCCGCCGUCUCCUCGCGAACAUGGCGGCGCCUGCGCUCUCCAGCCGGGCUGGUUCAGCUGGCAACAGCCCUACAGCCACCCCGAACAGCACCAAACACGUCCCGCAGCCCCCCGAGCUGGACUUCAGGUCCGGUACCAGGAUAGAGGAGCUCAACCGCCUGAUCGCCGAAUUCAGCAAGCACGAGCAGCGGGAGUAUGACGACCAGCGAGCGCUCGAGAUCCACACGGCCAAGGACUUCAUCUUCUCCAUGCUCGGCAUGGUGCAGAAGUUGGACCAGAAGCUUCCGGUUGCCAAUGAGUACCUGCUGUUGUCCGGCGGGGUGAGGGAGGGUGUGGUCGACAUGGAUCUGGACGAGUUGACGGUGUAUGCGAGGGGAGCGGAUUACGACAUGGACUUCACGCUGCUGGUUCCCGCGCUCAAACUCCACGACCGAAACCAGCCGGUCACGUUGGACAUGCGUCACUCGGCGCUCUGCCACUCCUGGCUCAGCCUGCGACUGUUUGACGAGGGAACCAUCAACAAGUGGAAGGACUGUUGCACUGUGGUCGACCACGUUAACGGUGCAACUAACUACUUUUUCUCGCCCACGCUGGUGGCCGAUUGGUUCUACGAAUCCAUUAGUAUGGUUUUGGCGGAGAUUCAGAAGAAGCCGCAGCGCGGUGUUCCAAGGGUCGAGAAGGUUGAGCGCAAUGCGACAGUUAUCUCCAUCAUCUUGGGCGUCGGAGGCAGCCGGAUGUUGUACGAUGUGGUCCCAGUGGUGUCGUUCAAGGGUUGGCCUGCGGUGGCCCAAAGCUGGCUGAUGGAAAACCAUUUUUGGGAUGGGAAAAUCACAGAGGAGGAAGUGAUCAGUGGGUUUUAUUUGCUGCCUGCAUGCUCUUCUACAGGCCAGAAGGAAAACGAAUGGCGUUUGUCGUUUGCGCGCAGCGAGGUGCAGCUGAAGAAGUGCAUCUCUGCGAGUCUGAUGCAGGCGUACCAGGCUUGUAAAGCUCUGAUUAUUAAGCUGCUGUCUCGACCCAAAGCUAUCAGCCCGUACCACCUGCGUUCGCUUAUGCUUUGGGCCUGCGACCGCCUACCGCAUACGUACUUGGCGCAGGAAGACUAUGCCGCGCACUUCCUGCUUGGUUUGAUCGACGACUUGCAGCAUUGCUUGGUGAAUAAGACCUGCCCUAAUUACUUCAUCCCACAAUGCAACAUGCUAGAGCACCUCAGCGACGACACGGCCAUGCUGCAUGCACGCAAGUUGUCGUCCGUACGCUCCGACCCAGCGGAGCACUUGCGGAGCGCAAUCGAGCACGCAAAAGCCGCCUCGCGGCUCACACUUGAGCUUCAGUGGCGCGGAGGAAGCUCAAACCUGCCGUCGCCGCUGUCGGACCCAGGAGGCGAUCAGCAACCGGACGACCGGCUUGCGAAGAAACUCCAGCAGCUGGUCACAGAGAAUCCUGGGAAGUCCAUCUCCGUUUUCAUCAACCCAGACGACGUCACACGACCUCACUUUCGCAUUGAUGAUAAAUUCUUCUGAAGCCACACCCACUGAUCUAAUUGGAACACUGUCAGCAGACAACCUUCGCAUCGGUGACAUUCUUCUGAAGCCACGCCCUCUGAUCUGAUUGGCUGCUGGCUGCAGACAACAUCACGCAACCUCACCUUCGCAUCGGUGACAUUUUUCUGAAGCCACACCCUCUGAUCCGAUUGGACACUGACUGCAGAUGACCUCACUUUCACAUUAGUGACAAAUUCUCCUAAAGCCACGCCUCCAAAUCUGAUUGGACGCUGACUAAAGACGACGUCAUACAACUUUCACAAUGAUGACAAAUUCUUUUGAAGCCACACCCACUGAUCUGAUUGGAUCACUGACUGUGGAUGACCUCACCUUCGCAUCGGUGACAUUCUUCUGAAGCCACGCCCUCUAAUCUAAUUGGCUGCUGACUGCAGACGACGUCACGCAACCUCACUUGCAUAGAUAAUAAAUUCUAAUGAAGCCACACCCCCUGAUCUGAUUGGACGCUGACUGCAGAUGACCUCACUUUCACAUCAGUGUCAAAUUCUUCUGAAGCCACACCCCCUGAUAUGAUUGGACUCUGCAGAUAACCUUACUUUCACAUCAGUGACAAAUUCUUCUGAAGCCACGCCCCCAAAUCUGAUUGGGCGCUGACUACAGAUGACGUUACACAACUUCACUUUUGCAUUAAUGACAAAUUCUUCUGAAGCCACGCCCCCAAAUCUGAUUGGGCACAGACUAAGAUGACGUUACACAACUUCACUUUCGCAUCGAUGACAGAUUCUUCUGAAGCCACACCCCUUGAUCUGAUUGGGCGCUGACUGCUUUGUUCUGUUUUUAAUGAGUUCCAGAAGCAUAAAGCCGUGUGACUUCAGACUUUGAAUAUGAUGUUAAAAAUGGACAUGAUCCUGUUUCACUGCUGCCAGUUGAAGUCGUGUUCACAUAUCUGUUCCUCCCCAUUACAGAUGCCCAGUUUUUACUGGAAGGAGAGCGAGAGAAUGAGAGAUUUAUGGACGGAUGUGGAGGGAGGACGGUUUGUGAAUGGCUCAUGUGGGAAACAGGAAACCCAUAACUCCACUCAGAAGUGCAAUUAGACAAAAUGUGUUUAUAUGCUUUACUUGUAAGUACACUGUAACGUUAUACUGUAAACACUAUUUUAGACACAAUCGUUUUCACAAACACACUGGCUGAACUUUUACUCUCACAAACUGCACACUAGGCCUCCAAAAAUACACAGAAACACACUCCCUGUGAUGAUGGAUGUUUGUUUCUUUUAAAACAAAAUCUCUUUGGGUGAAUCUCAUGAAAACAUGUCCAGGUAACAUUUUACAACUCCAAAAAUGUAAGUAUUUAUAUUUUGCAUGAAGAAAAUAAAGCCUAUUUUAGAAGAUGUUUUUCAUUUUAACCAUAUUUUCAUGAAAUUUAAACACAUUUUAAACCCAAACUUUUUUAUUCUUAUUAGAUUCUCAUUACUGUAAUACUUAAUUUUUGUUUUAUUAUUAUUAUUAAUAAAUUAAAGAUCAUACUUCAAAUAAUAUCAGGAUAUAGAUAUACUUUGCAGUUUAAAUAAUAUAUAUUUUUCGCAUUGCAUUGAGAAUUGCGAGGCUUUUCAUGAAAAAUCUUGAUCCUAAAAUAGGCUUUUAAAUUGGUUUCAUGAGAUUCACCCUUUGGAAAAAAAAAAAAUCAAAAGAACUUUAUUUGUUUGUGUUUUUUAUAAUAUAUUAUGCUGCUAAACAUAAUAGGUGCAUUAAUAAUUUUUGUUUUUGUAAUAAUUUGAGUAUUUUGAUCAUUAUGUGUUGUAACUUGUGUCCGUACUGCUGUAAUUAACCCUGCCCACUUCUCCCAGUUAGACCAAUCUGACGGGCCGAUUAUCAGCAUCAACCAAUCAUGUGAUGUGCAUUUCUCAUUUAAUUACUGACACAUGCAUAUAUUUGCAUGUAAUUGGUAGGAGGGACCGAUCAUAACAGACCAAACGUGAAUCUUCAAGCUCUACAGGGACCAAUCGUAAUGCCUUAUCACUGAAAUCAACCAAUGGGGUGUUUUUAUUCCGAUUAAGGGGGUUAAAGACUCUUUUUGAACCCCGACCGUGUGUUUCUCUUUAUAUCUGAAUCAGGACAUAUCAGAACUAAACUGAACAUGUUGAUUUAUUUUAGCUGUCAUCAUUAGACUGAUGUCCAUGAUAAUAUGUACAUGUUAUUUAGACUUAUGCUUGAUAAAUAUCUCUGAUAUGCCAGCGGGCUUAUGGACACCUCGGCAAAAUAACAUAUCUGCUCUGGAUCAGUGUUGCAUUGCAUUUUAACUUGUGUUUGGUAAAUAAAGCUGUACAGAAAUACA